UGCUAUGGUCAGUGGUGUUUUCAGCCGACUGAUCUCUGCUGCCCACCGUCAUCUGCAGGUGGAGAAAGAGACUCCAAAGUACACAACCAUCCAGAUUUGAUCCAACACCUUUGAGAAAGUCAAAUCAUUAGAAAAGAUGUCUACUCUGAACCCUAAACUAACUGACAGCCAGCUGAAAGCCAUCUGCUCUCGUUUGGGAAGUGUCAGACCGAAGCUCCUCUACAAGGCCAGCGUCCACAGUUUCACUGCGGCAGAUUUCCACCAGCGGUGUGACAACCUGGCUCCCACCGUGUCAGUGGGUUACAAUGCCUCAGGUUAUGUGUUUGGAGGCUACACGAGACAACCUUUCUGCCAGUCUGGGCAGUUCACUAAUGAUCAGGAGGCCUUUCUAUUCACUUUCAGAGGAACACGACUCUCCACAUAUCCAGUUUCUAAUCCUGAACAUGCAGUAAAAAUGGUUAAAAAUUCUGGUCCUUGUUUUGGAGACGCUUUGGUUCUUGUCAAUGGAAACAAACCAUUAAUGCAAAGCAAUCCAGGAGGUCAUUAUACCUUCAAUCCUGUGGAGAUGCAUGGCAACGACCUGGACCUGACUGAGUGUGAAGUCUACCAGCUGGAGGAAACGUCGGAACUGGAGAAACCAUGGAGGACUGUAGUCUGGGAACCUGAGAAGAGGACGGAGCUGAUGGAGAGCAUCAAAUCCUUCAAACCAACCGUCAGCUCCGUGUCUCAGGCCCGGGUUUUACUCAUUGGACCAGUUGGAGCUGGAAAGUCCAGCUUUUUUAACUCCGUCAACUCUGUAUUCAGAGGCCACGUCACCAACCGGGCCAUAUCUGGCUCUUCUACCACCAGCCUGACAACACAGUUUCGUAGCUACUCUGUGAAGGCCGGACGAGAAAGAAAACCCCUGCCAGUCAUCUUGUGUGACACCAUGGGACUGGAGGAGAGCAAAGGGGCGGGGCUUGACAUAGAUGACGUCAGUAAUAUCCUCAAAGGUCAUCUGCCUGAUUAUUACCAGUUCAACCCGUCUGCUCCUCUGCAUUCGGAGGCUCAUGGCUAUCGCAAGUCUCCAGAUCUCAAAGAGGAGAUUCACUGUGUGGUUUACAUCAUCGAUGCCUGCAAGAUCUCCAUCAUGACCCCACAGCUGGAGGAGAAACUGGACGCCAUCCGCAAGAAGGUCAACUUGAUGGGGAUUCCUCAGCUGGCGUUGCUCUCUAAAGUAGACGAAGCCUGCCCUUUGGUGAAGGAGGAUUUAAGAAAAGUCUACAAAAGUGGCUACAUCAAAGACAUGAUGCAGGAGGUCAGUUCUCGGCUCGGCAUGCCGAUGUCCUGCAUUUUACCAGUGAAGAACUACAGCGAGGAGUUGGAGCUGGACAUGAACUGCGACAUCCUGCUGCUCAGCGCCAUCACACAGAUGCUUCGAUUUGUUGAUGACUACUUUGAUGACCAGCUCAGUGACCGACUGAGCUGUGUUCAAACUAAAGAUUAGGGCAUCCACGAUAGUCCACUUCUCAGUAUAUUAUCCCAAGAUUACAUCGUUUGGCCUUAAGAUUAUUUUACUUAUUAUAAUUUCUCUUUUUCCUACUAUUUUUAAACUCUAAACUUAUUAAGACAUAUUAGCGGUUUAGCGUAUUGCUGACCAUGCUCCACCCUGUUCACCUGAUCCAGCACUGUCACCUUGUUUUUCUCCAUGGAAUUAAGACAAGGCUCAAGCUCUGUUUCCAGACUAAAGGCAAACUCCCUGUUACAUUGAUCUCUAAUGAAACUUUGCACAAAAUAAGGGAUGUGUGGAAUAAAGGGCUCACUCCAGCCCUGAAACUGCCAACAUCGGGGGCCGUUUGGCUCACUUGGUAGAGCAAGCUUCCCUGGUAGUGGGGUGACCUCUGGUCUUUUUCUUCCAUGUCUUCUCUCUUGCUCUCUCCCAAAAUCUCCUAACUACUCUCAUGGAAGGCUACUAGAGCUACAAAAUCUCCAUCCAUCAUACACCUGUGUAACAAUGGUUGAUUUGAUAGGUUAAUUAUUCCCCCCAAAUUAUCGUUGCUUAACCUAAUGUACAACAGUUCUCCUCAGGCGGAACUUUAGUUUUUGAUUUUGUGUUUCUGUACAAUCUAUUUGGGGGUCGGCAAGACCCCUAUAAAAGGCUCUUUCCCGCCUAAACUUUCCUUCUUUUUACGGUGAUGUCUUCGGGUAAAGGUGAGCUUUUACUUUGUACUUUUAAUUGGGUAUUUGCCUUGUAUAUUUCUUGUGUUUAUGUUCAUACUACAUUAUUGUAACUCCUUUUUUCU